GUCUUUUGAGGUGUGGUUGCUUACAGUGGACUCCUGAACCUUUAGCCGCAGAGUGUUAUGAGUUUUCUGGAUUCAGGGAUAAAGAACCAGCCCUUGGAUUUACUCUUUUUAUUGCAUUUUUUUCUACCUGUUUGAUCUCAUACAUGGAUACUGAUGGCAAUGGUCUCCAGGUUCCUUUGCGUCAGAAGCCGAGAAAGAAAACUCAAGGUUUUUUCACCAUGAGUCGAAGGAGGAUAUCAUGUAAAGACCUGGGACAUGCUGACUGCCAAGGGUGGCUCUAUAAGAAAAAGGAAAAGGGAACCUUCCUGAGCAACAAAUGGAAAAAGUUCUGGGUGGUGUUGAAGGGAUCGUCGCUGUAUUGGUACAGCAAUCAGAUGGCAGAGAAAGCUGAUGGAUUUGUCAACCUGCCCGACUUCACUGUGGAAAGGGCCGUGGAAUGCAAGAAAAAGCAUGCAUUUAAGAUCAGUCAUCCACAGAUCAAGACCUUUUAUUUUGCAGCUGAGAAUGUGCAGGAGAUGAAUGUGUGGUUAAAUAAGCUUGGAUUAGCUGUAAUCCAUCAGGAAUCCACUACAAAGGAAGAAGAAUGCUACAGCGAGAGUGAGCAGGAAGAUCCUGAAAUAGCUGCGGAGACACCACCUCCUCCUUACUCUGCAGAGACCGGGUCCUCUUCGGCUGCACAGCAGGCAUCUUCAGCCUCACCCAACCUGAGUGAAGCUUCAUGUUCUUUCUCUUCCCUGGAAAACGCCACAAAGACACCUGGCAGUUCGUCUUCGUCCUACCGGAAGGAAAGACAGUCCUGGAUUGACAUAGUUAACAGCACGUCGGCCGCCGAGGAUGGGGGCCAGUCUAUAACUUUUGCUCUGCAGAUUCAUUCACCUGCACCUGCAGAGGCAAACAGUCGCAAGGACCUGGAAAACAGCUUUGCCACAUCAGAAAGUGGAUUUUUGAAUUCUUUAUCUAGUGAUGACACUUCUUCUUUGAGUAGCAACCUAGACCAUCUUACUGUCCCAGACAAGCCUACUGGAUCAAGGAUGAUGGACAGAGAAGAAGCGAAAGUAUCUGACGAUGAUGAAAUGGAAAAGCUCUACAAAUCAUUAGAACAAGCUAGUCUAUCUCCUCUUGGGGACCGACGACCUUCAACCAAAAAGGAGUUGAGAAAAUCCUUUGUUAAGCGGUGCAAAAAUCCAUCCAUAAAUGAGAAACUCCACAAAAUCCGAACUUUGAAUAGCACAUUGAAGUGUAAAGAACACGACCUGGCCAUGAUUAACCAGUUGCUGGAUGACCCGAAGCUGACAGCUAGAAAAUACAGGGAGUGGAAAGUCAUGAACAGCAUGCUGAUCCAGGACAUCUACCAGCAGCACCGGGCACCCACAUCUGCCCCGGAAAGCACCCCCCAGUGACUCAGAACCACCUCCUCCUUCUCUCUGGAAAAUUCUAUUUGAGGACAAGCCAGGAUUCUGUCCCCUUAUAACUUACCCCAAGCAAUUAUUCAAAAUGUUGCCAGAGCUUACAUUUUUCCCUUAAAAAUGAAAGCUGCAACGCAGCCCUCCUCAGGCAUCAGCUCCCCCUGUAAAGAUGCAGUUUAGGGACGCCGAGUGCCACCCGAGAGCAGCAGCACCUGGCUGUACCUGUGCAGCUUCCAUGGGGACCGGACCGGAAUCCAGAUGAACAGCUUUUGUGUCCCUACUGGGAACUCACGGUUGUGGGCCUUGGGUGGGGUGUGAGAAAUGAGUCUUCUGUUUCCUGCUCUCAAGAGAAUCGCAGCAUCUGGACAAAAGAUCCCGUCUUACCCGCGAUAGUUAUUCAUAGAAUGAUUCUGUCUCCCCAAAGAAGGAUGUAUAUAUUCCACCUUGUUGGGUAAAUAACUACUCUGAAUCAUGCUGAGUUGGGGGGAUGGUUUCCUGCAGCCGCCGGAGCAGGACCAGCGUGGGGGUGCAACCCACAUCCCCAGCCUGUGGUCCAGAACGAGGUGUCUUCUCCAGGCCUUGAGAAACCUUGAUGAACAGCGUGUCAGGGGAGGCACGUCUGUGCUCCGCUCCCCCAAAGGAUGGCUUGAUAGCUUACCCAGAUGAUGGCGGGGUAUCUGGGUCCUGUUUCCUUUUCACAUUUACCCUGGGGGAAUCUCUACUUACCUGGAGCAGUUCUAACUCCCACGGGGGACAAAAAGGAGCCCACCAGGAGAAUUGUGGUCAUGUCCCUGUUUGGUGUUAAGACAUGUCUACAUUUACACCCAGCAUCCCUGGGAGCAACACGGACGAGGUGAUUCCAGUGCCCAAAUUCUUUUAAUAUCUUUAUUGAAACAAACAAAAAACCCAGCAAUCCAACAAAAACAACAGCAGAGAUAUACGUGAUUGCUUUAUUUUUGUAUGUUUGUGUAUUACUUUGUGUGUUGUGUGAAUAGCUACAUAUAAUAUGUUUGUUAUUUAAGUAUAUUUAUAGAAGUUCAAAUGAUGGUGUUUAAAAGAUGACAUACUGGAAUAUGUUUUGCUCAGUAUAUAUUCUCCAAGUGUAUACUUUUUGCUUGAGAAAAAUAGCAGUACUUUUGAUUCCUUGGAGUUAUUUUGUUGCACUAUGAUGUAUGAGGAAUGCUCAGGAAAUCUUGUAGGGUAAAUGUGGGAGCAUGCAUUCAUAAUCUUUCCUUUUCCUUGUCCCUUUGCUUCCCUUCCGCCCUGUCUCCCCAGAAAGUUUAGAUUUCUCUAUAGAUUGUAAGUCACUCUCUAAACUGGAGACUUUUAUUUUAGUUUAUCCAUUCUAGUAAAUAAGCUUUAAGCUUUAUGCCAUUUAUGCCCACAAACCCUACACCAAAUGAGAGACAACUAAUAUAGUCUUUUGUCUAAAGACUAAAAGAAGACAUAGAAAUUUGGAGGUCUGUUGUGAAGGAGAACUCAUUUUACUAGAAAAACAUGAUGAAAAGUCUUCACUGAUAUCACCAUGAAUAUUUCUUACUGUAAGAAUAACCACAACCCACCCAACUCCGCUUCUGGCCUGACCCUUAGCACAUUAUCAACAUGACUUGGGUUACUUUAUAGAGUCAAAGUGUGGCUUGACAUUCAAAUGGAAAUAACCCCCUGAGUUUUAUCUGCAAACUGAAUGGAAACAGUUGUUGAAUAUUUCCUUAAGUUGUACUAAGAAAUCUCGAUACUUUGUCAACAACAACCUUUGCGUUAAGAAAUAACAGCAGGAACCAAGGUGUUGUCCUAGGAGCUCCUGUAAGACAAGAGGCCGGUCAGUUAGGCCGGUCAGUUAGGCCCAGCAGGCAUUCAGGAGUGGGAUUGGGUCAAUGGAGGAAGCAGGCUGACUCACAGGUGCCUGCUGGCCCUUGGAGAGAGUCACCGUUCAGGCUGGUUUGAGGGGCCUGUCUUCUAAUUUCUUUACUCAGGAAAUUAUUGAUUCUGUGUGUAGUCAGCUAUUCAAAUGUUGAGUAGGAUUCACAAAGCAAACAAAGUUUUGAGGGAAGAGGAAGUAACAAUUGUACAAUGAUCAUCCUCCUUCAUUCCUUUGGUUGCUUUGGUUUGUAACACCAACCAAUAAAUUCCAAAAAAGUCUUUUUUUUUUUUUUAAAGAUUUAUUUAUUUAUUUAUACAAGCACUGUGGUACAGUCAGAAGCGUGGGAGGGUGAGAGAAUUCACCAGAGCCAGAGCGGAGAGCAGAACAGGAAGAGUGAAGAAAUAUACUGCUGAGGGGAGCAGCGGGUGGCAGGAGAGGUCUGCGCGCCAUGUGGGACCCUUGCCCAGCGGCCGGGGAUCGAACCGGUGCUGCAGAGGCUGCGGGCAGCUUCUCAACCCAGUGCUCAACCGCUGUGCCACCAGGGAGGCCCCCAAAAAACCUUUCUUGAAUGGAAGUGCUCCAGAAGCUUUUAACAGGUCUUGCAAAUACCUUCAAGACUUGCUUUGGCCUGUCAUUAACCCAUAUUAACUGACCCUUUAGUGUGAAAUCCUCAUACUGCUCCAUCACACAGGCCUGUGGGGUCCCUAUGAUGACUUGACCAGGCCUUUCAGUUAUUUUAAAAGUCAAGUUACUCUGGACGUGCUUUUGCAUUGUUGGUUAUAGCAGUUACUUUGCAGAACUGCCCAAUUGUAAGUUAAAAUGAGUGGCACACUUUUAUACCCUGCUCUCCUAGCCCCACCCCCCUUUAGCUUUUUUCCCUCUGUAAACACCUUCACUCAGUAUUGUGUUGUGUUAGGAAGUGGGGGCUACUGCAAAAGCAGCCACCUAGAGGAGAAGGGACAAUAGUGGUAUGUAUAAAAGAGUGGGUGUACAUUUCAUGACAAGGGGUAGCACUGGCCCCUCUUUGAAGCCAUUUUUCUGGUCCAAAGGAUAUUGGAUUAUUUCUACUUUAUUCAUGGAGAGUGCCCAUCCAUGAAGUAGAUUUUGGGUAGUUUCACCUGGUCCCAGGUGAGGCUCCUCUACCCUAUCCUGUAGCUGAAGGGUCUGAGGACUUUGGAAUAACACAGACAAUGGUAGCUCAGGAAGGAAGUGGAUGAUCUGAGCACAAGGAGCCCCAAACCUGGGGCACCGCCUCUGGAUUAGGAUCCCGGGGGGACUCCUCUUUGGGGCUGAGAGGAGGACGACAGCCUGUAGCCCCAAACUGGUGCCUGAUAUGAGACCCUCGCUGGUGAGAACCUCACAGCACAGACUGAGCAGAUGGUCUUGUUCUGCAAGGACAUCUGUGGCUUUUAAUAAUUCUAGUUUUGCCACAAAUUCAGCACAUCAGAGGAAAGAAUCAUCCAACACACUAUCAAAUACUCCAAGAAGCCUAAGGAAGAGACUGUGUUUGGAGUCAGAUUUCUGCAAGAAACCAAAUGCCUUAUGUUCACGGAGCACUUUUUAGUUUGUAGAGUGAUGUGUCUUGGGUUCCUCUCCAGCGCCCCAGUGGUCUUUGUGGCAUGAUUGUGGAUUAUCAGUGCCCCUUUAGACCAAGGGAGGAUACAAGCUCUGAGAAGUGAGGCAUCUGGGGGGAGCUGCAAGUGCUGGGGUGGGACUCGGACUUGAGUUUGGCUCCUCUGCUCCUCAGGACGCCCAGGUGCUCCCUCCCCUUGACCUUGCUCAAGUGCAGUCACUGCUGGGACUCGGCCCUUGACAGGCAGGAUGCCCUCCACUGGGGAAGUGGCUUUGCCAAAUCAUCAUCGAUUCCUGAGGGGCCUCCUUUUCCUUGAAACGUAGAGUCUUCAAGUCCCCAACGGUCAGCGUCCCUCCUGCUCCUGGGCUGUCUGCUCAUGUGUGAAUGAUACUGCUUUGAGGUCCGUGAGCUCCUCGGGUGUGAGAGAUAGAAAGAGAUGGAAUGCCUUGGGUUUUUUUUUUUUUUUUUUUUCCUUUUCAAGCAUGGCAGGAGAUGUUUGAGUCCAGCUUAGUGAUAGGGGUUUGGCCCUUGAACUUUUUCUUCUCAUGUAAUUAUAAUUGUCCUCAGAUAGCCUUUAAAUUACAAAUAAUAUCAUAGAGAUGUAGCAUAAAAGAGAAAAUACACUUUAAAGUCUUCUGAAGGGAGGCGACAAUGACAGGUAAUAUUUUGCUGUAAUAACACAGAUUGAGUGAGUCAUUUAGGCACCCAGGGUGUCUGUUCAGAAGUCAUUACAGACUGAAAAGGUGCCCUGGCCUCCUGAAGUCAGAGCUGCCUCUCUUCUUCAAUCUAAUUGAAAACAACAAUGUUUGGUUUCAAUUUUCCAAUUUAUUUCCCUUCCAAUUUUUUUGUAUACUUACCUCAUAAGAGAAGGUGAGUCCAUGAAAUCGGAGGUGACUUCCCUGCCCAAGAUGUCGCUAACAAUAAAAGCUUCUGAACGCCACUAUGAAAUGGACUGGGGAGGAGUCCCCCACCCUUCACAGAAAGUCUGUCUCAUGAACACGAUAUUGAACAGCUACAUGUGUCUCUCUGUUGUGAGACAGGAAGCAAUUUCCUGGCCUCUGCACAUCUUUACCCUUCCCCUCUACAACCACAGACCACAGAGAAAACAUUAAAAAUGGAUUAUACUUUAAAACUUAGUUCAUUUCUCUUGUUGUGAGGAGACUCAACUGCGCUUACUGGUAUUUCUCUACCCUUAGUCCAAAGGGGAAGCAUGCCCCAUGGAGACAUUUAAUAUUCCAUUUAUAAAACCCAGGAUUUUAAAUCACCAUGUAUUUUAAUGCCCUUGCAUGAUGGGGAUGUGACUUUUAGCAUUGCAUGGUGUUUGGGGGCGAGAUGUCAGUGUGGAAACGAUCCCUUCAAUUUCAUUGUGUGUUCAUUGUCACUUGCCCUUGGACUAAAUUGAAAAACACAGGCAUGGCUCAUCUCUCCUGCUUCAUGUUUCUGAGGUUGACUUGUAAGAAAACAAUAAAGACGAGAAAACAUCUAGUAAAAUGAUAU